CGGGAAUCAAUCCUGGCGAGUGUACAUAUAUAGAACUGACACUAGAUAAAGGUUUAGGAAAUAAGUAUAGCACUAUACUUGUAUAAAGCCUGUGAUUUAUAAGUUCAAGUUAGAACCGCAAAAUAAAACCGAGAUACAGCGAAGUAUAGUUAUCUCCCUACCACGUACCGGUGCGGCAGUGUCUAGCCUAUAAAAAGAACGUUGAAGGCUUCAAUUCGACUUAGUAUUUCAAAGUACAUCGGGCUUCGGCAUUGUAAAGUGUCUCAGUGAUAUUUUCUUGUAACAGUUUUUAAUUUAUUAUAAAAUUCAAAAUGGAAAUUCAACCACCGUUAGUUUUGAAACGCCAACUUUUGGUGCCAAAUAAAACCUUGAUGGGACCAGGUCCAUCAAAUUGCUCACAAAGAGUUCUUGAUGCCAUGGCCAAUCCAGUUUUAGGACAUUUGCACCCUGAGUGUCUUCAGAUUAUGGAUGAAAUAAAAGAGGGCAUCAAAUAUGCAUUCCAAACAAAGAACGAUGCUACGAUGUGUGUAAGUGGCUCAGGUCAUGGUGCCAUGGAAGCAGCUCUGUGCAAUCUCCUAGAAGAAGGUGAUAUUGCUUUGUUUGGUGUGACUGGAUUUUGGGGACAUCGUGCUGCUGAUAUGGCCAAGAGAUACGGAGCCGAUGUUCGAUUCCUCGAAUCACGCUUUGGACAUGCCCUUACCAUGGAAGAAGUAGAGUUUGCCAUGGAAGGACAUAAGCCACAGGUUUUGUUCAUAUGCCAAGGCGACUCGUCAACGGGUAUUGUCCAAUCAAAUAUCGGUGAGAUUGGAAAACUGUGUGAGAAAUAUAACUGCUUACUUGUGGUGGACACUGUUGCUUCUUUGGGUGGUACUGAAUUUUUCAUGGACGAAUGGAAGGUUGAUGUAGCGUACACUGGAUCACAGAAAGUCCUCUGUGCUCCUCCUGGUAUCUCACCGAUUUCGUUUAGCAAAAAAGCAAUGAGUCGUAUUAUUUCAAGAUCUUCAAAGGUCAAAUCCUACUAUUGGGAUGCGACGUUGAUUGGUCAAUAUUGGAAUUGUUUUGGAGGAUCAAGAAUUUAUCAUCACACAAUUGCAUCGACAUUGCUUUAUGGUUUAAGGGAGUCCUUAGCUUUGUUUGCUGGUAUGGGCCUGAAAUCAGUGAUAAGGAGACACAAAGAAUGUUCAUUUAGAUUGCAAAAGGGCAUUGAAGAUAUGGGACUUGAAUUACUUGUUCCUGUUCAAGAUGAUCGUCUAGCAACUGUCACUGCAGUGAAAAUUCCCAAGGGUGUCGAUUGGAGAAAGGUUUCUGAAUAUGCCAUGAAAAAAUACUUUUUUGAAAUAAGUGGAGGUUUAGGUCCAACAGCAGAUCACGUUUUCCGAAUUGGUUUAAUGGGUGAAAAUGCCACCGCUGAGAAAGUAGACUUAAUGCUUACCAUCCUCCGAGAAGCUAUUCUGAAUACUUCUAACAUAACACUUAAUGAGAAAUCAAAGAUAUAAGUUUAUAGAGAUGUUUAAUAGUCAUAGUAAUUAAAUUUUAGCUGUAAGUCAUGUUCUAUACUUGUUAAUAACUGAUUUUAACAAAUAUGUAUUUAGUUUGUAUAAAUAAAUAAAGUUGAAUUAUAAGUAUUGAUCUUAAA